AUGAAAAUGAGGUUAAAAGAAGGGUCUGAUUUUAUAAAGAAUAACUAUGAAUUUGUUACAAUUUUAUCAGGGGAAAGUUUUGGAGAGACUUAUGGUUGUGAUAUAAAAAUUAAAGAAAAGGCCAGUGGGAAGUUCUUUUUAUUAAAGAUAUAUGAUAUAUUACGUUCGCGUGCUUAUAAAGCCAGCCAUAUGGAUGCAAAUGCAUCUUUCAGUUUUGUUACACGGCUCUUUAACAAGGAAGUGGCUAGUUCAACCAGAUUAGAGAAACUAAAUAACUUUCCACAAGUCUUUUAUUAUGGCUACUUCAAUGGGAAAACAAACGUUUAUCAAGAAGAGCUCGAUGACUCCAGCUUAGCUGACAUGCCUUUUAUAGGGUAUUUUAUUAUUGAAGAAUUUUUUUGA